AUGUUCUCAUCAUACAAGUCUUUGGCUUUCAUCAAGCAGUCUUUUAUCCGUUUUUAUGUCAGUAGCCCACAGGAGAAGCUUAUUUACGAUAAAUUAAUUAAAGCGCUCCAACCUACAUCUUUGAAAGUUACAGAUAUUAGCGGAGGAUGUGGAUCCAUGUUUGCUAUUGACAUCACUAGUUUGCAAUUCAGUGGUCUCACCAUGGUCAACCAACAUAAAUUGGUCAAUGAAGUGCUAAAGGAUGACAUCAAGCAUUGGCAUGGACUGCAAUUACGAACUAGGACAAAGUAA